AUGGGCUACAGCAACGACACGGGGAGCCGAGACGGUGGUAGAGAUGAGAGGAUUUCCACAGCGGUGGUGUCGACCGAGGCGAUAGGGGAGGCUAAGGAAGGUCGUGGGACGGGCAUGGGAAACCCUAGUUGGUCCGCCAUGGGAACGAGUCUGCUUCCAAGGCCCAUGGCCCAAGAAAUUGUGGCGACCCGAAGAAAAGGGAAAAUGUCGAGUUACGAGUUGUCUGGCUGCGAGUACGGAAUGGAGCCCAUGGAAACAGGGUGGGGCGGACACAAGUCAGAAGGGGGAUGGGCCAGCUAG